AUGGCUCUCAUCACGUCCAAAACCCUCAUCACGUCCAUAUCACUCUUCCACAUAACCCUGGGCUUCUUCUUCCUCACGGAUCCCAGCACCAUCAACGACCAAAUCCUCGUCCAAGUCCUCGGCCAAAGCAUGGGAAUCCCCUUCGCGCGCGGCUUCGACACCCAAUCCCACACCCUCAGCUUCCUCGCCGUCGUCCUCGCCUUCUUCGGCCUCAGCGACCUCCUGUCGCUAGGCAUGCCCGAAGAACUAGGCUCUCUGUACUACUGGGGGACCCAAGCGCCCUUGCGAGCCUUCCUCUCCAUGGCACUCACGUUCUACACGUACGCGUUCGGCCCGUCAUCCCCCCUCUACGGCGGCGCGACACACCGCACCCGCGGCGGCUACAACGCCUCGUAUUCGGCCGCCUCGUGGGGCGGCGAUGGUCUCAAGAACCGCGUCUUCUUCACCUUUGUCUUCAUUGAGAUGAUUGCCUGGUUUUGGGUGUGGGUUACGCUGAGGGAGGAGAAGCCCGCAGUGGUGGAGAGGAUGAGGACCAGCGCUGCGGCCAAGAGACAUCCGCACGAGGCGUGA